CUGAUAACUUGUGAUCUACCUGUCUGUAUUUUGACUACAAUGCCUGAUGAAUCAGCGUUCUCUAUCAGCCCCAUUACCCUGACCACGACAUCUGCCGUACAUCCCACAUCUCAAGGAAUUACGUUGCCGAAAAUAGGUACACUUAUACCUAAUAGAAUAUUUGUCGGUGGAAUUAGCUCGAACACCACAGAGGACGAACUUCGAAAUUUUUUCGCAGUUUUCGGAACUAUCAAGGAUGUCAAAGUCAUUUAUGAUAAAUCUGGUUUAUCCAAAGGCAGUUAUGCAUUUGUUACCUUCGAAGAUCAGGAAACCGCGGAAGCCAUAAUAAAAAACGAAGCUGAGACUUUGGUAUUUAAAGAUCGAAAGCUCAAUAUCGGCUAUGCCGUAAGGAAACAACCUGCCCUCAUUUACCCAACGACUGUGAUGAUACCAUCAAACAUAUCGCCUCACGAGUUCUGUACAACUGCCUUGGGAGGCACACCGAUUUUGACCACCUCAAAUACCGCACUAAAUACACACGACCGACCGAACGGGGCUAGCUCAGGAUCCCUUCAAAUAAACGGUCUUCUACUAACCCCUGCUUUGUCGGCCUCCGCUCCUACUUCAAGUCAGUGCGGAACUUCUUACGUCCCUACAGCACCUACUGGGGUAAUCCAACCCGCUAACUCCCGCUGGAAGUGCGACACAACAUCAACAGUUGAUCAGUUAGGCAAAACAGAGUUCAGAUGUGCCGGUCAUGGUGUAACAAGCUGUCCAAACUACUUGACGAAUGAACUUCGACCCUACUCACAGAGUCAAGUUUCGGCAUGUACAGCGAACGACACAAUUAUGACUUUGGCAAAAACGUCGGUUCCCAAAACCAAGUCUUACAGUGCCUGUACCACCAGUCUUGUACCGGGUCGUACGGCAAAUCCAAACACCGGUGAAGUCCGAAUGCAAUCCAUAUUGGACAAUUCCACCAUCAUUGACCAGCUAGCUGGACGUUAUCUGCUCCCUCGUAACAACAUACAGCCUCAUAUAACAUUUGAUAGCCCGCCCACGAUCACCACAAUGUCACCCGGUUCGGCAUCGUCUACUGUCACACCAAAACAAUUGUCUGGCUUCAAUUGUUGCGCAGCAUCCCCGAGCUUACGCAGCCGGGCACCAUGUAUGUUGAACCCAGGUCAGCAAAAGAUUCGUUUGACGGAAACCAGUGGACAAGUUUCCUUCCUCAAUUCCAUCAGGGUACCCGUGCGUACAUCUGUCCUUCCAGAAGGUUGCAAAUACAAACCAGAAGUUCCCGUUACAUGUGUUCACCACACAGGGACAGAAACGCAGCUCUGUCAUACAGUUGAUUCAAACAAAGAUCCUUCACGCAGUGCCUCAGUCUGUGUGCUCACCAAUACCCAAUGCAACCCCAAGGUGUUCUUCACCCCUGUCGAUCAACAGACCACGCGAACUCCACAUAGGGAGUUCCGGCCGACACCUGUUUAUCAGUGUGCCGAGUGUAAUCGGGACAAGGGAAUCAGUGAUGAUGUCCUCAGAGAUCAGUCAUUGUCCAGCGCGUGUUGUUCACAAGCAGCGAUCAACCAUACACCAAAUUCCUCCUCAGGACGAAUUGUAACGGAUAGUUCGGUAGCGUUUGAACGACCGGGAACUGAUGGGUCGGUUGACCGUCCAAUCCAACAGACUUUUUGUGCACCCAAUAAUUCAUACUACCCAAUCGGGUCGCGACGUAUUGCUCUAUCCAACACACUAUCCGAGGGUAGCCAACCGUCCUUACGCAAUCACCUAUCGGUGGGAACUAACACUUCCGGAAUCAGUCAGGACAUGGUCGAUCCAACGAGAACGUCAUUUAUUUCUCCUUCCGAACAAAAGUUGGGUGACUCAUUCGAUGUGACACGAAACACCGGGACUGUUGAAGAUUCCACCCAAUGUAUGCUGAAUAACAUCAUUGUCAGUGGCGAGUCCACAUCCCCAAAGCCCAUGAACGAUGGGUUGUGUAAUCUGAUGCUACCCUUCCUGUUCGAAACAUCCGCCAGUCCUCACCAGUUCAGUCCACAAAGAACGGCGGACUGCCGGCCUUUGCGAACAGACGACCUUUCGGAAUCGGGGUCAUUCUAUCCAAUUCAGAAUAAUGACAACCUAUCUGGCAAACCUUUGCUCGAUACUUCCAACGUACUCAGUACAACCUCAGCUUGUGGUGACAUUUCGAAACCGCGUACUGUCUAGUACUACCGUUUCGUACAUGUGCACGUUCUUUUCCCAGAGAAAAAAAACAGCUCUAUCCCUGUUCUCGUGUUCUGCCCGUACGGCUAUGUGAACAACCAAACGAGCGCACGCUGCUCGCGUUUGUUUGAUAAAGCGCACCUUGUUCGCUACCAUAUUCAGUUUUCCAACGUACGAAGCCAAUCGGUUUUUGUCCGCUUAGAAUGGACAAGUUUGGGACAGAAAUUAUUCCCUUAUAAAAGACACCACUCAACAAUACUAUCUUUAUCGUUUUUACACCCCCCAUCGCCACCUACUGGGCAGUAACCCACGUAUGUGUUCAUUUGACAAUGAAUUUUGUUCUGCUCUAUUUACGUAUGGCUUUACGAAGAAGAUGUGUCGACUAUUUUAUUUCACCAAUUCUCAAGAACAAAAAACUGUUAUCGGUUUUGCACAUCAUUUCUAUCAGUUUUGCUUGUUGAAUUGCCUUUUUUCAUGUAUUGCAAACCGAAUGAGACAAAAACUACUUAUAUGGGAAGAUACUGCAAACGAAUUCCGUA